AUGUCCUGCGCUGGUCCAAGAUCCUCCAGAUGGCAGAUAGCCUUACUUGCCCAGUGGAUAUUAUUACUGUGCCCAGCGGGCAGUGAUGGGCACUGUCUGGCCGGUGUAAGCCACCGGCUAAAAAUGGCAACCCUGCUUGACACGAUCUACCCAUCCUGGACGGAGGGAUGUCUGUUGCGCGAUCGAACCGUGGCGAAAACAGACGAUCAGGCACCGAUCGACGAACAUCUACCGGUUGACUGGGACAGACUGCUGAUCUCUGCAAACGAUAGCGCUCCUACGCUCCAGUCUAAUCUGACCGACAUGGCGGAUUAUAUGUUGGAUCUGGCAGACCGCUCACUGGAUGACGGUAUACCAACCAGAGAGGAGAUAAGUGCUACGGAGGCAGGUUACAUCACCUCAUUGAACAGGAAGAUGUUUAGCAUCAAUGUGCCCUUUAACCCUGCCUACAGUGACCGAGUGUCUGAGCAGUGCAAGCGUCAAGCAGCGUUGUUUUUUCGCUCGUAUGCAGCAUCCCAUCUGUGGGCGCUUCGAAUGCACGAUGCUAGCGCUAAGGUAGGGCAGGGCAUACUGAAUGGCAAUAUCAACCAGUACGGUGACUUCGACCAGUGUCUCAACAUUCAGCAAACACUGCACACCGAUGGUAGCGUGCCAAGUGAGACGAUCCGAGGCCGCUAUUGCAUGGCAGAGGUACAGCCGACGAUAAAGCCCAACACCCAGGUGCUGAAGCAUCUGUUCGAUUUGGUCCAGGCGCACGGUAUGCUGAAGAGCAAUUUGAAUGAUCCUGGUCACCGUGUUCCCCGGUUCUCGACGGUACACUGGGCACUCUGUGUACCUGCCGGUUGUACCGCUCAGGACAUCCAGCUAUCGCUCGGAGAAUUUCUGCGCCAGUACGUCAGCGAUACCGGGCUCGAGACGGAGGUGAAGGUGCAUCCGGCCCUCUGCCAGACGAAGCACUACAUCUGGCGCGAGUAUUUCACCGACCGGACUAUGCUCGUAUGGUACGGCUUCCUGCUGUACGGGUUGCUAGUGCUCGCAUCAACUCUGUACGAUGUAAAGUUCCAGAACAAAGUGGAAUGGUUCACGGUGUUUUCGCUCAUCAAAAACACCCGAUCGAUACUGAGCUUCAAGGAGGAGCGAAACGAUAUCGCCUGUGUCCACGGAAUCCGUUUCCUGAACGCGAUGUUACUGCUGAUUGCCCACAAAUCGAUGGCACUCUUCUUCAACCCGUACGUCAAUCGGACUGAAAUGAGCGAGGUGUUGGGCCAACCGUGGACCGUUAUUGGACGGGCGGCAGCCAUCUUCACCGAUCCGUUCAUCAUGUUCAGCGGCUUCCUGACCACGUUCUCCUUCAUCGAGCGGCUGCAGAAGGGUCAGAAGGUGCGGCUGCACCGGGAGUACGUCGGACGAUUGUUGCGCAUCGUACCGCCGCUCGGUGCCCUCAUCCUGUUCUGCACAUUCAUCCUACCGUUUCUGAGCAACGGUCCGCUCUGGAACCUGGUCGUGACGAACCAUGGGGACAUCUGCAAGCAGUACUGGUGGCGCAACAUGCUCUUCAUCCACAACUACUUCGGCUUCAAGAACAUGUGCCUGACGCACACGCACCACGUCGGCAUUGACACGGAGCUGUUUUUCGUCGCACCGCUGUUCAUCUACUGCGUGUGGAGGUGGCCCCGGCGUGGCAUGAUUGGUCUGCUGGCGAUCGCCCUCGUCACCACCGUCCAUCGGUUCUACGUGACGUACAGCUUACGGUUGGCUAACUACGUCUACUUUGGAACGUCGGUGAAGCAACUGUUUGAAACUGCAGACUUUAUGUACACACUGCCGUACUAUCGCGUUACCGUCUAUCUUAUGGGUGUGAUGCUAGGAUACGCUUGCUCCAAGUACAAAACGAUGAAACUUACCGAGAAACAAAUGAAAAUUGGAUGGUACGUCAGUACGCUUUCGAUUGCAAUCGCCUUUUUCGGACCGGCGCCGAUGGGCUCGAUGCAUUACGUUUACAACCCGCUGCAUGCGGCCAGCUAUGCCGCAUUCUCCCCGAUAGCAUGGUGUCUCUUCUUCGCUUGGACCGUCUUCACCGCACAUCUAGGCUACCGCAACUGGGUGAUAGAUAUGUUCUCGUGGCGUGGUUUCCGCAUCACCACCAAAAUAUCGUACGCCAUCUACCUGACACAGUUUCCCAUCUUCUUCUACAACGUUGGACGCACACGGACGCCACAGUUUUUCGAGUUCUGGCCGGCAGUUAUCUUUAACACCAACGAGUAUCUGGUCGUGUUUUUGUCGUCGUUCCUGCUGACGGUUCUGUUUGAGACACCGUUCAUCAACGUAAAGAAGAUGCUGUUUAGCAGCAACAGACACGCGAAGUGUGCGGCAAAGACUGCCAGCGUCGACGAACCGCUAAAGGCAGGUACGAUGGACGAGAAUGAAAACAGUAGGUCUAAUCGUUUUGCGUGUGACAAUAGUAAAUUAAAUGGUUAG